AUAGAGAUGUUAAACUAGAUCGCAUCUCGAUUUACUAGAAGUUGAACAAAGAAAUCAAAUUCAUCGUUUUUUUACCGGAAUCGGAGAAUCAUCAUCUGAUAGUUGACAUAUGAACAUAGCAACGCUAUCGUAUAGGAUUUCCUUGUGUAUGGGUGUCCAUGUGGUGAGGGUGAGUCAUCCAUCACGUUACCGCUGAACUGUAGACGCUAUAAGAAAGUGUUAUCAAUGGGUCGUACGUCACCAAAUAUGAUAUUAUAGCUCCCGGAGUCAGCGAUCAAGCGAACAAUUAAGCUGUAGUGUGCUUUCUGAACAGAGCGGUCAGGAACCGUCCUGCUUCGGUUGGUUUUUUGUUUCUGAAUAACAAGAGCUUAAUUGUGACAUACUCUUACAAAACCCACGUCCACGACAGAAAUACUUGCAUUCAAGUAGAGGUUACGUUUAUUUCAACUUAUUGCGUAUGUAGCUGGUAGCUUCGAAGAAACCGAAAAAAUGAAAACUAUUUGUUUGGUAACAUUACUAAUUCUUGGCUGCUUAGCUUGGUGCACAAGAGCUCAAGACGUCACAACAGGUCUGGACUUUAUGAAAAAAUAUGGAUAUUUAAACCCAGUUGGAAACGUGGAAGAUUUAAUGACACAGGAAGAAUUUAGUGAAGCUGUAAAGAAUAUGCAGAGGUUUAACGGCUUAGAAGAAACUGGUAUUCUAGACAAUGCAACUAUCGCUUUGAUGAAAAUGCCGAGAUGUGGAGUUCCUGACCCUGUUGACUCCCCCAAUAACGGUUCAGUUUUGGGAGGGAGGCUCAAGCGAUACGCCCAUACCGGAGGACGAUGGGAUAAAACACGCAUAACUUAUAGAAUCAUUAACUCAUCUCCUGACCUCCCGCAAAACGAUCAAAUCGAUGCCAUUAGGCGCGGCUUUAAAGUUUGGAGUGACGUCACGCCUCUCACGUUUGAAGAAAUAACUGAGAAUAAAAUAGCAGAUAUUAUGAUGUCAUUUGGUAGCUAUAGCCACGGGGACCAGUACCCAUUUGAUGGUCCUGGCGGUACACUGGCUCACGCAUAUCCCCCUCAGGAUGGGUUCGGCGAUCUUGACGGAGAUGUCCAUUUUGAUGAAUCUGAAAGUUUUAGUGUCAACAACGUCAGAGGCAUCAACUUAUUACAAGUGGCAGCCCACGAGAUCGGUCACAGUCUAGGCUUAGCCCAUUCGUCUGACGUCAAUGCUCUCAUGGCGCCGUUUUACCGGGGCUAUGUGCCCAACUUUAGGCUGCCCUAUGACGAUAUUACUGGUAUACAAUCACUUUAUGGUAAGUAAUUAAAUAUAUUGCUGAAGCCUAACACACUGUAUGUCUAUUAUGUGGACACGAAAUAUUGGCGUCUGCGCAGGCCAAAUGAAUUAAUUUCAAGUGACGAAGGUGAUAUUAGCAGACAGUUCUGGCGUUCCCUCCCCAAACGCGUAGAUGCCGUCUACGAAAGAUACCACGAUAGUAUGAUAAUAUUUCUUAAAGGCGGAAAAUACUGGGAGUAUUAUGGCCUAACCAAACAUUCAGGACCUAAUAAGCUAUCUAGCUUAAAGUUGCCACUUCACAUCGACGCCGCUGUUUCAUGGGGCUACUAUGGAAAGACGUAUUUCUUUAAGGGCACUCAAGUGUGGCGAUUUGAUGAAGUCGAGAAGAAGGUGGAUGCAGGUUUUCCUGCACCAAUUAAAGAAGUAUUUAGAGGAGUACCCGAUCAUAUUGAUGCUGCUUUCCAAUAUAAUGAUGGUUACACCUACUUCAUCAAAGGGAGGCAAUACUACAGAUACAAUAAUAAACGGGAAGCAGUCGAUAAUGGAUUUCCUCGUAUAUUUGGAGUUGACUUUUUUGCGUGUCGGACAGAACAGUAUUCCGAGAACGGAACUAUAUACAACGCGGAUGGAUCUGUAUAUAAGUAUAAUUCAACAAAUGAUGUUGAUCCAAAUACCGGAGCCAGUGUACAUUCUCAAUUACCGGCACUUUUAUUCACACUUAUAUUAUCUUCUAUGUUCAUUCUUUGGUAAAAACGCUGUUUAGAUUACGCAAAUUUCAAACCAAAGUGACUGAAUGUGAGCGACAAAUCCAAGAUUGGACCAUAGGAAAAUAACAUGUUCACAAUCUUGUGAAUCUGUUGCGAACUUGAAAAAAAAUCGUCAAGCGGGUUUACUAGACGAACACUACAGAAAACAGAUGGAUUUCAGAUCAAGAACUAGUCCAUUACCCCUAAUAUACGUAUGUUAAUUAAUAAUUAAUUAAUUGAUUGAUUCAGUUCUCUCUAAAAUUAUGUGUAGAUCUGUUCAAAGA